GAAAGGAAAACGAAAAAGACGAAAACCCGAAACGAGAGCCACCAAAGGAGGAAGAGUGCAAAAAGAAAGGAAUUUCCCGAAUCCAAGCUGUCACCGCCGUUCCAAAAUUGUACCCAAUUUGUCCGGAAAAAGGUAAAAUUCUCCCGUUGGAUCGUGUAAGAUCGUAGUCCGGAGCGAAGCGCACCCGGUGGACGCAAGAAUUGUUCCGUUUGGGCGCUCGAAAGCGGCAAAAUUCCGAAUUAAGUGACGCGCUACCCGAGGAGAGAGAGCCUGCUGCUUGUGUUUUGAAUGACCAGUUGCAUCGGCGGAGGGUACGAUGGCCCCCUAGGUGGAAUGCAUUGCGAUUAUAUUCCGUCCGCGCAGCAGCAGCACCAGCAGCUUCCACAAGCAGGAGGAAGAAGAGGUAUGCCGAAGAAGUCGGAACCGGGUGAAAUUACUGGACCGGGAAGUCGUAGUAAGAAGAUGAACAAAUUGGAAACGGCUGGCGGACCAGGACAGCAACAAACGACAGGAGGACCAGGCGGAGACAACGAUUUAAUGAGCAGUUUCGGAGGGCUCGGCGGAAAAGAGGACAGUUCACCGAUUAUGAAGGGAGGAGUUCCGGGAAACGGACCAAAAUCUUCCGACUCGUGCAGUAUCAACAGUAGUGUGGCCAAUAGUGGAGCAGGAAUUGACACCAUGUCGAAAAUGGGCCCCGGUGGUGGUCCAGAUGGGCAUCCGGAAGGAGGCAAAAUGAAUCAAGGGAUUCCGGGAAUGAUGUCGAAUAAACCAUCGAAUAAGCAGGAAUAUACGCAGAAUCAGAGUCAGGUGUUUGUUUUCAGCACGGGAUUGGCCAACAAAGGGGCAGAAGCGGUGAUGAGUGGCCAUUUCAAUUCGAUUAUUGCAUAUCAUUGUGCCCAUAUGCAGAAGCAGAGCCGACAGGGACCGCCGUGUGGGCCUCCGGAUGAUGGAAUCGGUGGGGCAAUGUCCCCGUGGAUGGAUCAUGGCCAUGGUUCGCCGGAUCAUCACAUGCGGAUGAAUGCCGGUCCGGGUGGGCCUGGAGGAGGAGGACCUCCGGAUGGUGUGAAAAAGUCAGCCACCAUUCAUCACACUCCGAAUUCCUGUCUGGAGAACGACAACUCGGUGCCAAUGUUCGGAAACGAGCACCACAUGGGACGAAUGGGUCCCGGAAUGGAUGGAGGUCCUAUGGGGGGCGGGAAAAAGUCGGCCACAAUCCAUCAUACGCCCAAUCCGUGUAUGGAUCAGGAUGGAUCGCUUCCAAUGUACCCAAAUGAUGGCCACCACAUGCGGAUGCCGGGACCGGACGGAAUGUCCAAACCCUCGACGAUACAUCAUACUCCAAACUCUUGCCUGGAUGGACCGGAUCCAACUGGAGGCGACCACUCAGGCGGUGGCCCCGGUGGUCAUCCUGGAGGACCUGUAAUUAAAAUGGAAAACCCUUCCCCAGGAGGACCAGGACCGGGUCCCGGUAGUGGAGGCCAUUCAAGCUCGACGAUCAUCGAUCAGAUGAAUUCCCUGGUGGCUUCCCUUCCGCUCAUGAAAGGGGGAAACGUUCUCUCGCAGUCGAGAGCUCAUCCUCAGCCCUCGUUACAAGGUGUAAAAGUACCGGAUGAAAACCUCACGCCCCAGCAGCGACAACACCGGGAGCAGCAGCUGGCAACGAUCCGGCAGAUGCAGAAAAUGUUCUUCCCUGAGCAGCGAGGAAUGAUGGAUCCACACGGCAUGGGAAUGAGGCCCCAGUUCCGAGGCGGUAUGCCGUGUCCAGAUUUCGGAGGGCCACCAAAUCGGCCUCUGAACCCAGCAUUCAUGAAUACUCCGCUGGGGGCAAAUGGUCCUAUGGGUGGCCCCGAUGGACCAGGUCCCGGUAUGAUCAACGAACAGAUUCCGCCAAUGCAAUACAACAAACCAGGUAUGAUGAAUCCCGGAAUGUACAUGGGUGGUCCGGGUGGUGGACCAAUGGGUCCGAUGGGUGGCCCUAUGGGUCCUGGAGGUGGUGGUCCAAUGGGCCCAGGAGGUCCUAUGGGACCGAUGGGCCCUGGUGGACCGAUGAAUCGAAUGUACAAACAAGACCCAGAUCCCAUAUUUCCUCCGAUGAGCGAAAUGGGCGGUGGUUACAAUAACAUGAACAAUCACGGUGGCCCCGGUCCAGGUCCGGGAAUGUUCAAUCCUGGAAUGCAACGAAUGGGUGUCCCUGGAGGACCAGGUCCAGGAGGUCCCGGCGGCCCAAACAUGAUGCCCAAAAUGCCAGACCAAGGACCUCUGCCCCAUUCACCCCUGGUGGAUGAUGUGGACCCUCUGAAAGCCGGGGGACCACACCAGAUGAUGCUUCCGAAUGCCUCUCAGCAACAGCAGCAGCAAUCAGGAACCCCGGGAAUGAAUGGCCCUGGUGGUGGUGGCAGUAACGGAACUCCCAACCCGCAAGGUGCUCAAAAUCCAACCAACAAUGGCAAAUCGAAGGAGCAGUCCGUUUCGCCGGAACACCACCAACAGCAGCAGCAGCAGGGAGGACCCGGUAGCCAGCAGGGACCACUGACACCUCAAACGCCCCAGGGAGGACAUCCGACGCCGGGGGGAGCUGGUGGACCCCUCACGCCCCAGACGUCGAUGGCCAGCACCUAAAGUGGUAAGUAAGUUGCAAAUGAAUCAUUUUCUUCUGAAAAUCUGCCUUAUACAACAUACAACACGAACCCUUGGGUCGCACUCUGGUCUGGUCGGAUCGGAGAUCGGGUUGGUUGAACGAAAAACGGAACAGUUACAUUUAAAAAUCGACCCAUGGUGAAAACGGGCGGUCGAUUCUUCUAGAGAGAGAGCAAAAAGCAAGCAAAAGUUAGUUAAGUGACAAUGUGGUUAGGUAAAACAGAAAAAAAUAACGAACGACAUCAAACGUGUACAUGUAUAAGCUUUUUUUUUUUUUUAAUUUUUGAAUAUCAUUGAUCAAAAUUGUCAUCUUUUUAGUUUCGUUUGAAAGAACCUUUUUAUUUUGGAAAACGCAAAUUUGCUUAAAUCAAUUAUUUUUUCUAGUUAUACAACCAAUACAGUACAGAGCAUCUAGCAGAAAGUUGAAAUAAUAAGCAAUUUUUGGAACGUGCUUUGCGUUUUCCCUUCUCCUUUUUAUAUUGAACACAGAAAAAAAAAUCGAAUUAUCAAAUCCCCCAAGUGCAGCGUUUUCGAUUGAUUACAUAAAUAAGACUAACACAGAAAGUGAAAGUAAUAAUUAACAGUUAAAUAAAAAGUGUAAUAAUUUUAAAAAGAA